GCCAUUGAUGAGCUUUGUGACUGGCCUCUUGCCAUUGCAUCUGUCUGGUACCGAAUUGCAUACCACUGCCCACCGUUGCCCUACCAUUGGGCGCCCAAUUCCCAGCCAGCGUGUCACAGCAGCGCCCAAUCCCAUACCACUCUACACAUCGCUUCCGGUCGAACAGUCACCGCUUCCGUCAUCUUCCAUCUUCGCCUCGUACGCUAUGCGCAGUCUGACCGCCGUCAAUAAUGCAAACAUGACUAUCCCGCAUGCUCCACAUCCUAGCUGACCCUGCGCUUGACCUGCCAGAGAAACCCAAUUCACUGCA